GCGGAGGAGAUUUGGCUGUCGGCGAUAGUGAUCCGGACAGCUCAGGACUGAGCGGCUGGCCGAGGCGAGGCUGAAGCCGGAGGACUGGAGAGGGAUCGCGCUCACGGGGUCCGCAGACUGCCCGGCGGAGGCGAGAGAGCAGGUUAGAGGGACAAAGAGCUUUGCAAACGCCCCAGGCAUCCUGCGAUCGCUAGCGGCCCGGACGAGGUGGCCGGGAGCCCGGGGAGAGCCCGUGGAUGUUCUGCGCGCCACCGGAGAGCCGCCGCCGCCGCCGCCGCGAAAGGAGGAAUGCACCGGCUUCGUCGCCGCGGGACGCGCCAGCCGCUGCUGCCGCUGCUGGCCGCGCUGCUGCUGGCCGCGCGCUGGGCUGCUGCGCAAGAAACAGAGUUGUCAGUCACUGCUGAGUUAGUGCCUACCUCACCAUGGAACAUUUCAAGUGAAUUCGACAAAGAUUCUUAUCUGACCCUGGAUGAACCAAUGAAUAACAUCACCACAUCCCUGGGGCAGACAGCGGAACUGCACUGCAAAGUCUCUGGAAAUCCACCUCCCACUAUCCGCUGGUUCAAAAAUGAUGCGCCUGUGGUCCAGGAGCCCCGGAGAAUCUCCUUCCGGGCAACCAACUAUGGCUCGCGGCUGCGGAUUAGAAACCUCGACACCACAGAUACAGGCUACUUCCAGUGUGUGGCAACAAAUGGCAAGAAGGUGGUGUCCACCACUGGAGUCUUGUUUGUCAAGUUUGGACCCCCUCCUACCGCAAGUCCAGGUUCCUCAGAUGAGUAUGAAGAAGAUGGAUUCUGUCAGCCAUACAGAGGGAUUGCAUGUGCACGAUUUAUUGGCAACCGCACUGUCUAUAUGGAGUCUUUGCAUAUGCAAGGGGAAAUAGAAAAUCAGAUCACAGCUGCCUUCACCAUGAUUGGCACCUCCAGUCACUUAUCUGAUAAGUGCUCUCAGUUUGCCAUUCCUUCCCUGUGCCACUACGCCUUCCCAUACUGUGAUGAAACCUCAGCUGUCCCAAAGCCCCGUGACUUGUGUCGCGAUGAAUGUGAAAUCCUGGAAAAUGUCUUGUGUCAAACAGAGUACAUUUUUGCAAGGUCGAAUCCCAUGAUUCUGAUGAGGCUAAAACUGCCAAACUGUGAAGAUCUUCCCCAGCCAGAGAGCCCAGAAGCUGCAAACUGUAUUCGGAUUGGAAUUCCCAUGGCAGAUCCUAUAAAUAAAAAUCACAAGUGCUACAACAACACAGGUGUAGACUACAGGGGGACUGUCAGUGUGACCAAAUCAGGGCGCCAGUGCCAACCGUGGAAUUCCCAGUACCCCCACACGCACACCUUCACUGCCCUCCGCUUCCCAGAGCUGAAUGGAGGCCAUUCCUACUGCCGCAACCCAGGGAAUCAGAAGGAGGCGCCCUGGUGCUUCACCUUGGAUGAAAACUUUAAGUCCGACCUGUGUGACAUCCCAGCCUGUGAUUCGAAGGAUUCCAAGGAGAAGAAUAAAAUGGAAAUCCUGUACAUACUGGUGCCAAGUGUGGCCAUUCCCCUGGCCAUUGCUUUCCUCUUCUUCUUUAUCUGUGUCUGCCGCAAUAACCAGAAGUCCUCAUCACCACCAGUGCAGCGGCAACCAAAACACGUCAGAGGCCAAAAUGUAGAGAUGUCUAUGCUGAAUGCAUAUAAACCCAAGAGCAAAGCUAAAGAGCUGCCUCUUUCUGCUGUACGUUUUAUGGAAGAACUGGGCGAAUGUGCAUUUGGAAAAAUCUAUAAGGGCCAUCUCUAUCUCCCAGGUAUGGACCAUGCUCAGCUGGUUGCUAUCAAGACCUUGAAAGACUAUAAUAACCCUCAGCAAUGGACAGAAUUUCAACAAGAAGCCUCCUUGAUGGCCGAACUGCACCACCCCAAUAUUGUCUGCCUUCUGGGUGCUGUCACUCAGGAACAACCUGUGUGCAUGCUUUUUGAAUAUAUGAAUCAGGGGGAUCUCCAUGAGUUCCUCAUCAUGCGGUCCCCACAUUCCGAUGUUGGCUGUAGCAGUGAUGAAGAUGGCACUGUAAAAUCCAGCUUGGAUCAUGGAGAUUUCCUGCACAUUGCAAUUCAGAUUGCAGCCGGCAUGGAAUACCUGUCUAGUCACUUCUUUGUCCACAAAGACCUUGCAGCUCGCAAUAUUUUAAUCGGAGAGCAACUUCAUGUAAAGAUUUCAGACCUUGGGCUUUCCAGAGAAAUUUAUUCUGCUGAUUACUACAGAGUUCAGAGUAAAUCUUUGCUGCCCAUUCGCUGGAUGCCCCCUGAAGCCAUCAUGUAUGGCAAAUUCUCUUCUGAUUCAGAUAUCUGGUCCUUUGGGGUUGUCUUAUGGGAGAUAUUCAGUUUUGGACUCCAGCCAUAUUAUGGAUUUAGUAACCAGGAAGUGAUCGAGAUGGUGAGGAAACGCCAGCUGUUGCCAUGUUCUGAAGACUGCCCGCCCAGGAUGUACAGUCUCAUGACAGAGUGCUGGAAUGAGAUUCCUUCCAGGAGACCAAGAUUUAAAGAUAUUCAUGUCCGACUUCGGUCCUGGGAGGGUCUCUCAAGUCACACCAGCUCUACUACUCCUUCUGGGGGAAAUGCCACCACGCAGACAACCUCCCUCAGUGCCAGCCCAGUGAGUAAUCUCAGUAACCCCAGAUAUCCCAAUUACAUGUUCCCAACCCAGGGUAUCACACCACAGGGCCAGAUUGCCGGUUUCAUUGGCCCAGCAAUACCUCAGAACCAGCGCUUCAUCCCCAUCAAUGGAUACCCAAUACCUCCUGGCUAUGCAGCCUUUCCAGCUGCCCACUACCAGCCAACAGGUCCUCCCAGGGUAAUUCAGCACUGCCCACCUCCCAAGAGUCGGUCCCCAAGCAGCGCCAGUGGGUCGACCAGCACUGGCCAUGUGACCAGCUUGCCCUCAUCAGGAUCCAAUCAGGAAGCAAAUAUCCCAUUACUACCCCACAUGUCAAUUCCAAAUCAUCCUGGUGGAAUGGGAAUCACGGUUUUUGGCAACAAAUCUCAAAAACCUUACAAAAUAGACUCAAAGCAACCAUCUUUGCUAGGAGACUCCAAUAUUCAUGGGCACACCGAAUCUAUGAUUUCUGCAGAACUGUAAAAUGUGCAACUUUUGUAAAUGUGGUAUACAGGACAAACUAGAAAGCCGUAGAAAAGAUUUAUAUUCAAAUAUUUUUAUUAAAGUAAGGUUCUCAUUUAGCAGACAUUGCAACAAGUAUCUUCUGUGAAGUUUAACAGUGUCUUACCAAGCAGGACAGACACUAGCCAGGAAAAAAAAAAAAAACGCACUGUGGGAUUUACAGUCCAUCCAGGUGCAUGGAGUGACAUUGGGAUUGGAACAUUCGGUUUCAAGUACUUAAAACUGGAAACCAUUGAAGAAGAAAAGAACCUGGUGAUUAAACAUCAAACCAAAAAGGAAAGUUGAAUGGUGCUUUAUGUAUUUGCCUUUAGUCACCAUGACUGGUUUCUCCCCGAGAUGUAUAUACCAUAGCAUUUGUCUACCUGCUGUCUUUUCUUCAGGACAAAUGUUCAGGAAUUAUACUGAUUCGAUUUAGACUCUAUGCGUGUUUGUAUGGAAGUGGUGUUCAGAGUCAAUGAGGAAACUUUAGGCCAAAUUUGAAAUCUUGGAUGGAAAUGAGCCAUAACAAUGUAUCACAUGCCCUGAAGUCUUCUCCACAGUGGGGCUUCCUUGGGAAGGUGCAGAAUAUGCCUCUUUGUGAACCACCUUUUCUGAUCAUGAAGGCCUUUUCCACAUUUUCCUUUCUCACAAUGUGUUUACACAAGUCCUUGAAAUAACACAGGGCAUAGCACCCUAAGAAGGCUGAAUGUGGAUGCUGGAAUUGAUUGUUGAUUGAUAGUUCACCUGGCUGCAUUAGGAACGAGACACUGAAGGAGGCAUAGCCAGGGAAAUUGUCCCUCAACCUAGAUAAACAUCCAUGGGAGAAGAACAAGAGUUCCCAAAAAGACAGCCUCCACAGGAGUUCCCCUGGACCAAUAAAGCUGAAGAGUAGAGGUGUGGCUGCAGACAAGAAGGCCACAUCUUGCAGCCCCAGCCCCAUUUACAAGUUGUUUGAGGUGCAGGGUGCUUACCAUCAGUGGACUUUAGGCAAACAGGGAACCCUGCAAUGAUACCAAUAGCUUGGAAAUUUAAAACCCCCCACCCCCACCUUUUUUUUCCCCCUGUGCUGGAAAUGUUCACAGAUUUUAUUUCAGCCCCAAGAAUUAUAACAAUGUAUUCAUACAAUUAGUUGAAAUCCAAAGACAAUACGUUCUGUUUUGCAAGACAUUACAGUAUUUCGAAAAAACAAGUAAUGAGUUUUCAUUUCAAAGGGUACCAACAACUGCAUUCUUUAAACUGGUAAAUAAGCAACAUAAUCCUUUUUGCCUUCUUUAGACAGGGGUAUCAAAUGUGCUUCUCCUGGCAUUUACUUGCCAAGCAUCUUCUGCCAAGUUUAGAAUUCUUAUGGGUUUCAAGUCCUAUAUAGGAAGGAGCUUUAUAUUUGAUUUUUCUCUUGUUAAAAAAUAACUCCUUUAUUCUAAGAACAAUGUCUCCAAGUCUUGUUUUCAUUUAAAGCUAUGUGAGACUUCCAGGAUGUAAAUUAAUUCCUGGAAAUGAUAUUUCAUGAGGAGAAUGUAAAAGAAUUAGAAACCACCUUGAUGUUUCCAUUUUAAAAAAAUACAAUUAGCAUGGGAAAGCAAGGAAAACUAUUUAACAAAAUGUGUUGUAAUUUUUCCAAACUUGAAUUUUCAAAGAACAAACAUGAACUUAUAGUUACUGUGAACUCAAAGAAUUGGCUAUAUUCAGAUUUUCUGGGAGAUAAAUUAAGACAUAUUUUUGUGGCAUGAAUAAGCUGAUUCAAGACAUUACAUUUCUUAACAUUAGGUAGAGGAGAAUAUUUGUAACCUUUUGUUGCUAUGCAACUAUUUAAUGAUGAAGCUUCAAACCACAAUUUUGUAUAUCAUAUGACAAUCAAUUGUUUUUCCAAGAAUAUUUAUUAUUUUAAGUAAACACAAUUUCAGUGAAUCUGAGUUUUUCUAGGAAUCCCUUAAAGGGAAAUUAGCAUUCCAUGAGCCAGUAAAAUACCUUCUCUGGAAAAACAUUAUUAUGGUUAAAAAAUAAAUUCAAGUUAGUUUUUUAUAAAGAACUAUGACAUUUAUUUUAAACAUUUUAUAAUAGCUGAAAUCAUUAAGGUGAGCAAACUAAAUUUCAAAACCACUUGUAAUAAUGUAUUUUAUAACAGCACUGUGAUACUGAAUAACACAGUCCCUUUUGUAUUAAAUAGUAUUUUUUAACAAACUGAAAAAUAUCUUUUGCUUUGUUGACAAUGUGUUUUGUAAGAUUACUUUAUUUUCAGAUUCUUUUUUUGCACAAAACUAUGUUUAUGGUUUGUAUCACAGAAGUGAAAAUAUAUCUUUGCAUUUUUA